GGUGAUGAUGAUGUGGAUCUUGAUGAUGAUGAUCAUGAUGCUGAUAAUGAUCAUGAGGAGGAUGAUGUUGAUGAUGAUGAUGAUGAUGAUGAUGAUGAUUAUCAUGAUGCUGAUGAUGAUGAUGAUGAUGAUGCUGAUGAUGAUGAUGAUGAUGUUGAUGAUGGUGAUGCUGAUGAUGAUGAUGAGGAUGAUGAUGUUGAUUAUGAUGCUGAUGAUGAUGAUGAUGCUGAUGAUUAUGAUGAUGAUGAUGAUGAUGAUGAUGCUGAUGAUGAUGAUGGUGGUGAUUGACUCAUUGUGUGUAACUAAGGGAGGCUGGUCGGAGUUCUUAUCAUGA